AGUUUGAAAAACAUUAGCGAUGGAGGCUGAUCCAAAUAACAGAACAUUGACAAUUACAAGCACUACAGAUGAAAAUGUAUGCUUUUCCGAUGUGACAACUGUUGUUAAAAAAUGGAUGAUUGACUUCAGUUUUGUUAGUUUGUGUCAAUUCUUCAAAGAGGGCAAAUUUGAAGAAUUCAACCGAACGAUUUCGACGCUGGAAACGAUCAUUGAUGGUACCCCUCGUUUAAACACCGAACAGAGACAGAAAAGGCAGAUAUGUGGCUUCCUCGCACGGAUAAUGCACGGGAAACAUUUAGACGUGUCCUUCGACAGAGACGAGCGGUUGUCGCCUCUGAUGUCGGCUGUCGGUGUCUGGGCGUCUCAAGAAGAGACUGUGGCGGAUGUCACUCUGUUCCAGCACAUCACCAAUCUACUCUAUGUUCAGAGUGUUGCUGUGUGUCUGGAGAAAGGGAACAGCGUCAUGGCUUCAUCAGCUCUCAAAUGGCUCGAGGAGGAGUGUGAAAUCCCACAGAACUUGGGAAUCAAGCUGUCGUUGAUCGUCAGUAAGAGGGACACGUAUCACCCCUUCCUGCUCACCUUCGGCUGGAACCGUCUGCUGGAGAACAUACAGACCUUCCUGGAUCGCUUCCUGGAGAAUCACCCAUCGGACUUCCUGCUCCAGGCAGCCACUAAGGUGGUCAAGGCAGGCCAGGAGACAGGGGACGAUUCUGAGACUCGGGAGGCGUCAUAUACUACCAGCCAAUCUUCUGAACACUCCAAAGUGAAUCAGGAGACCAGUGUUCUUAUGAGACCCAAGAAGAAGAAGCUGCUGUCAACAAGGAAUAUUCAUCCGUGGAAACCAGAGUCUGGCAAGAAGCCUGCACUCACUGUUAUGAGAAAAGGGGGUAUGGUCUUCCACUCUCUGUCUCUCUGCCAGGACGUACAGUGUAUUUAAGAUCUUGGGUGGUUUUUAAUGCUCUUUGUUCUGUCACAGUAAUUCUCCUAUUGCUCUUGAGAAAGAACAUGGUUAUAAUGCCAAGUAGAAUAACUAGCUACAAUG